CUUGGAACUGCGCUCGCAGUGUAGAAAUAGAAUGCAUCCCCCUGAAGUUGUGCCCUACGGCACUGAAACUCGUCCUUACAGCAAAGCACUCACCGGAAAUGAGAGAAUUCCUCGAAAUAUCCCAUUGCGGCAUCGACAAAAAAAACCAGCCGAUGGUGUGGUGCAGCCAAUUGAACUUUUGCGUGACGCCGCAGAACAAGAAUGGUACAUGCACUCCUAUGACGAAAUGCAAACACUUCUUGAAACUGAGAAGCACAUUAGAUGCUUCAGACCCUGAAGCCGACAACUUUUUAAACAAAUUUCGUUGCAACGAGAUUUUAGAAGAAUCACACGUAUGUUGUCAAAACGAGCCUCUUGAAUACAGGAAUGGGGACACAAAUUUUAGACCAACCACUACACAACCUAAACCAACGAUACAUGGCAGGUCUUCCUACAGCGACUACGAUUAUUACGACUGGAACAAUGGAAGAUCUUUCGAUUAUCCUAACGCCCAUGAUUACUAUGACACCUUUCAAGCACACCACCAUAAAAUAGAUUCCAGUUCAGGAGAGAAACAUGAGACUUGGAAUAAUAAAUGGGGUGUUCAAAAAUCUACAUUUGAAUCUGGUAAUGGUAAAAGCGAUAACAGACCUAAUAAAAAGUUAAAUCAAUAUGGUGAAAAUGAUUAUCGUUACCAAAAGGAUCCUGACAAUUUUCACUUUUACGAUUACUCAAAUAAUAAAGAAAUAUUAGACAACAGUAAUAAGCCUAAUAGAGGUCCAAAUGAUAACACUACACCUAAAAACAAAGAUAUACCGAUUAGUUACUCUACCCAAGCAUCCAGCUACAAACCAACCUCAAAAAAGAGAAACGUAGGGACUAGAAGUGAUGAAAAUACUGUAAAUAAACAAAAAAAUUGGACAACUCAACAACCAACUCUCUCCACAAGAAGGACGACGCCACCUAGUUAUGACCCUACUACAACUAAGAGAAGUGAUUUUGAUUUCAAUGUAGGUGAAGGAGAUAUAAUUUUUGAAGAUCGCUUCGAAGACAUCUUGAAGGGACAAUCAAGGAGUACCACAGAGGAAAGUACCAGAUCUAGCGAAAGAAGGGAAGCUGGUCAGGAAGGGAAAAGAAAAUCAUGCGUAACUCCUGAUGGUAAACCAGGAAUUUGCACUCGUACAAAUACCUGUCAGCGCUACACAAUCCUUCAAAACAAUCUGGACAGGUCCUUGAAGUCAGUAAGGGACUAUCUGGAUAAAUUUAAAUGUAAGUCGAGCGACGAAAUUUGUUGUCAAGAAGACGAGGAAAAGGCAAUCGACAACUCCGUAUUCAACAUCGAGAGAACCAACGGAAACAUACCAGAACCUAUUUCUAAAAUAUGCGGCAGGCUGGAAUUCGGAACCGAUAGGAUCGUAGGUGGCAGUGUCGCCGAUUUGGGAGAGUUUCCGUGGUUGGCGUUGUUGCAAUAUCCAAGCAACAGAGGCAUCCAGUCUGGCUGUGGGGGCACGCUCAUAAAUUCAAGAUAUGUGGUGACUGCGGCGCAUUGCGUCGACAUGCAAAUUCUUAAGAACAGAGGACUAGGCCAAGUACGUCAAAUUGUACUCGGUGAGUACGACACAAGAAAUAAGACUGAUUGUAUAUACAUGGGCACAGGACAAGACUGUGCCGAUCCGCCAGAGAUUUACGGGGUGGAGUCGAUAAUUCCACACAAAAUGUAUACCUCGAGUGCCACCCAACACGACAUUGCCCUUCUUAGACUAGACAAGGAAGUGACAUUCACAGAUUAUAUAAAACCAAUCUGCCUUCCAACGAAAUCGUCAACUUUGAAGGGAAAUGAAACUUUCAUCAUAGCAGGUUGGGGAAGAACUUCCACAGACAUGUUUAGCCCCCUUCUAAGGAAAGCCAAGAUUCCUCUCGUCGCCAAAGAGAACUGUAACAGGAGGAACAGGUCACUGAUUGACGGACAGAUCUGUGCGGGACUUGGAAACGGUACCGACAGCUGCAACGGAGACUCUGGGGGACCGCUGAUGCUGCAGGUCAACAACAACUUUGAAUUCGUCACGAAUAUGAUGGGCGUCAUCUCCUACGGAUUCCUCGGGUGUGGACGGGGUCCUUCGAUCAAUACUUACGUGCCAUAUUACGUUGACUGGAUUAACGAAAAUAUGAAUUUUUGAAGUAUUAUAUACAGUACCUAUAAUGUGUUAUAACAAAUGUGAUAUGCUCGUUCUAAGUUAGUUAAUAAUAUUGUUCAACAUUAUAAUAUUUAUAUAAUUUUAUAUCAUAAAUACCUAAAUAGUUUAUGCGAUAAGAUGCAUGAACUGAAAUAAUUUAUAUAAUAUACAGAACAUCCAACUUAUUUCAAAAAAUGUCAAAUAAAA